AUGGUGUUGAGUCCGCAAGUGUUGAAGUUGACAUUUUCUCCCUCUUAUCGAAAACCUCCCUAUGCUGAAGAAUACCAGCCUCCAAUAUGGAAAUCAUACUUGUAUCAGUUGCAGCAGGAAGCACCAAGACCCAAGAGAAUCAUCUGUCCUCGGGAGGUGGAGAACAGACCAAAAUAUUAUGGAAGAGAGUUUCAUGGGAUCAUCUCUCGAGAGCAAGCCGACCAGCUCCUUGGGGGUGCCGAGGGGGCGUAUAUUCUCAGAGAAAGUCAGCGACAGCCUGGUUGCUACACGUUAGCACUGAGGUUUGGAAACCAGACCCUUAACUACCGGCUCUUCUACGACGGGAAACACUUUGUGGGGGAGAAGAGGUUUGAGUCCAUCCACGACCUGGUGACAGACGGCCUGAUCACGCUGUACAUAGAAACGAAAGCCUCCGAAUACAUCUCCAAAAUGACCACCAACCCCAUCUACGAGCACAUCGGCUACGCCACCCUGCUAAGAGAGAAGGUGUCCAGGAGGCUGAGCAGGUCCAAGAACGAGUCGAGAAAAACGAGCGGGACCAGCGAAGAGCAUCACCCCGCCGUGGAGAAGAUUUCCUCCCUGGUGCGGAGAGCAGCCCUCACGCAGAACGACAACCACUGCAACUAUGAGAAGACCCACAACUUCAAGGUCCACACGUUCCGAGGACCACACUGGUGUGAAUACUGCGCCAACUUCAUGUGGGGACUCAUCGCUCAGGGGGUCAGAUGCUCAGAUUGUGGCCUCAAUGUCCACAAGCAGUGUUCCAAGCAUGUUCCCAAUGACUGUCAGCCGGACCUGAAGCGCAUCAAGAAGGUGUACUGCUGUGAUCUCACCACCCUGGUGAAGGCCCACAACACCCAGAGGCCCAUGGUGGUGGACAUGUGCAUUCGAGAGAUCGAGGGGAGAGGUUUAAAGUCUGAGGGCCUCUACAGAGUCUCAGGGUUCACUGAACACAUUGAAGAUGUCAAAAUGGCUUUUGACAGAGAUGGUGAGAAGGCAGAUAUAUCUGCCCACACAUAUCCAGACAUCAACAUCAUCACGGGGGCACUGAAACUGUACUUCCGAGACUUACCGAUUCCUGUCAUCACUUAUGACACAUACGCCAGAUUUAUAGAUGCAGCCAAAAUCUCUAAUCCGGAUGAGAGGUUAGAGGCUGUCCAUGAAGUCUUAAUGUUGCUGCCCCCUGCACAUUAUGAGACGCUCAGAUACCUAAUGAUUCACCUCAAGAAGGUCACGCUGAAUGAGAAGGAGAACUUCAUGAAUGCGGAGAACCUGGGCAUCGUGUUUGGCCCCACCUUGAUGAGGCCCCCGGAGGAGAGCACCCUGGCCACCCUCAACGACAUGCGCUACCAGAAGCUCAUCGUCCAGAUUUUAAUAGAGAACGAAGAUGUUUUGUUCUAAGCCGGGGGGAAGUGGGCUGUGUGGCCUGGGCCCAGCCUGAGCUGAUAAGGUGAAAAGAAUGAAAACAUUUCUUAUUUUGCCUGGCUUUAUUUUUUCAACAAAGAAAAGGAGUUCCUGGCCCACCAUGGAAUGCUCGUGUCUCUCCUAGAAAGAAUGAGGGGGAGGAAAGAAACCCUUUGCCUUGGGUCUCUGGCCUGACCACCUGGGAAUAUUUGUUUAGAGAAAGAGCACUGGAUAAAUGUUUCUCUAACUUGUUACAUGA